CCUACAUGUCCCCAACGACUAACAGGUAAUAGGAACGCGGUACCAACGUUGCACUCAGACAUGGAUGAGAUCAAAUCAGAUGUAAUAUGGACCGUGCACGUCGAGGUCCGACUCUCGACAAAAUCUAGACGACGCGUAGACGUCAUCCAAGGUCUUGUCCGAAAUUUCAUUAUCAACAACUACGAUCCAAUCCAACUCCCGUCCAUUCUUGAUGGAUGGCAAACAGACCCAACCCUUGCUUCGUCGGUGGACCGAAUCGCAAUAUCAGAAUCAGCAAGUCCAUCAAUGUCAUUGCGCCUCAAAGAGGUGUCACUGGAAAUUCACGCUUACCAACCACAUGAAGCCGAUGCGGUCGAAGAAUAUGCUAACGGAACACCAGGUAGAGAUGGUGAGGAGAACAUGCUCGCUGCAAGCGUGUGCGAACUCCCAUGCAAGGCAUGGGAGGGAUUGUGGGAUGGCUUGAUAUAUGCGGAUAACAUCAAGCUAAAGCUACUCGAUUACAUUCACGCAACUUUUGUUUUGAGUGAUGCUGAUGUCGACUUUAACUUGGUGACAUGGAACCGUGUAGUUUUGUUACAUGGCCCUCCAGGGACAGGCAAGACAUCAUUAUGUCGAGCACUAGCUCAAAAAUUGUCCAUAAGAUUAUCUCAUCGAUACUCUCAGUCACGCCUCCUAGAGAUUAACUCUCACUCCCUGUUUUCUCGCUGGUUUUCUGAGUCUGGAAAACUUGUACAACGUCUUUUCACCAACAUCAUGGAAAUGGUGGAAGAUGAAGACUGCUUCGUUGUUGUGCUAAUAGAUGAAGUGGAAUCUCUUACUGCAGCCAGAGCUGGCGCCAUGGCAGGCACAGAACCAUCAGACGGCCUGAGGGUGGUCAAUGCUCUCCUCACGCAACUGGACAAGCUAAGGCACCAGAAGAACGUCCUAGUGAUGUCCACGAGUAACCUCGCAAAAGCCAUAGAUUCGGCAUUCGUUGAUCGAGCAGACAUCAUCCAAUACGUUGACUUACCUUCACGCGAAGCCAUCUAUGAGAUUCUUCGUAGCUCUCUGUGCGAAUUCAUAAACAAAGGAAUCCUACAGGAGACAGUAGUACCACCGCUUGACCUAGCGUUGUACAUGGACAAGAACGGCGAGAAUCGUUCUAGUGCAAGUAAUGUCAUGUUGCCUAAUUUACCGAAGGAGCUUGCGUAUACUUUGCUGGCUCUUGCUGAUAAAUGCAGAGAACUCCCACAGGCACAGCAACUUUCAGGACGCGCCCUUCGGCGUUUGCCUGUUCUUGCACUUGCGAGAUACAUUGGCGUCGGCGUUAGUACAUCGUCGACCACCAGCAAUCUCAAGAAGUCCCGAUUCCAAACUGACAUACGCUUAUGGCUGGAUGCGAUGGAUAAAGUCCUCGAUGAAAGAGCUGCAGAUCACAAAAAACUGUUGUAG